CGUUUGGAAGGGAAAUUACUUCUCGGUGGCAGGGAUGUGCACAUUUUACAGCUCCUGAAGCUGGCUUCUCUUGUGAGGUUAUUGUUUGUCCUAUGUCCUUGUGAAGAGUUCCAUCACUGUUAAUAUUGGUGUCAGAAAUGAAGCCUCUCCAACUGAUAAACAGACACUCCAUGAGGUUAGGAAGCAUCUUCCUCAACCAAAGCACUAUUCAGGCUUGUCUGUCUACAACAUGCAGUUCCCUGGGCAUGAAAAAAAAAGUAAGUAGCUAUGAGGACAUUAAUCAGGAGAAAUAUGCAAGCUUGGUACGGACAAUAACAACCUCUAAAAGCGGACGCCAAACUCCAGAAAGAAUAUUUGAAGAAGACAGCUUCUUAUAUGGUAAAGUAGUGAAAUCAAAGACCCAGACGCAAGCCUCUGAAUGUAAGGUUCCUCAAAAACAGUAUCCACUAAAUAACCCCAGUAAAGUCAAUUUAUCAGAGGAGAGGACCGAUCCUGGCACACCUCUAAAGAUUCGUUUACCUGCUAGGAACCAAAUGACAAAUGGUAAAGUGCCUAGUGUCACUCGAAUCCUUCAGCAAACCAUGCCAAUGGAACAAGCAUAUUAUCUAGAGAGGUGGAAGCAGAGAAUGAUCAUGGAACUAGGAGAAGAAGGCUUCAUUGAAUACACGGCAGCUCUCUUUUCACAGGGCAAACUUUUCCAUGCACAACUGGAAGAUAUCAUUUUGUCUCAGGAAGGUUUUUGCAAGAAGCAGGAAUGGACAGACGAAGUAUCUGGUUAUCUAGCCAGUGUUCAGCAUGUCUUGCCAGAUGUAGCUGGUGUGAAGUCACUCGAAAGUGCAGUCCAUCACUCAGAACUGCAUUAUCUGGGUCUUGUAGACUGCGUGGCUGAAUACCGAAACAAGUUGUGUGUAAUAGACUGGAAAACUUCUGAGAAACCAAAGCCAAAUUUACAGGACACCUUUGACAAUCCCCUGCAGGUGGCUGCAUAUAUUGGAGCAAUAAAUCAUGACAAUAAUUAUAAAUUUCAGGUUGAUUGUGGCUUGAUAGUGGUAGCAUACAAAGAUGGCUCUCCAGCCCACCCACACUUCAUGGACCGUGAUGCUUGCUUGCAUUACUGGGACAAGUGGCUGCUGCGUUUAGAGGAGUAUAUACAGAAAAGGGAGGAGAAACAAUAGUCAGUAACUGACCGUAGUGUCUUUUCCCUGGCGAGAGUUUGACAUUCGUCGUUCAUACUGUUGUGUAUAAUCAUGCCUCCCUAUGUGUUAAAGGACAAUGCCAAACACAGUAAUUAUAAGUGUUGUCUUAAAAAUAAUAUAACUGGUAAAAAGGGACUGUUUGGACUUGUAAAUAAUACACUUAAAACACAACAAAUUAUUGUCAUACAUCAUAAGGUUGUACUUGGAACCCUAACUAGAAUUGUUUUGUUUCUGGUAGAUGACUCCUAUCAAUGUGUAGUGCACAGAAUUAUUAUAACUAUAUAACCACAUACACAUACUGUUGAAGCCACGGUUAAAAGGGAAACCUACACACAUGGGCCUGGCACGUACAAUGCCUCUGGUAUCAUCAAUUUUAAUUUAUCAAACUGGACUACAUGUUGGGCUUACCGUUUUCCAACCAUUGUAGUUGUUCUGGAGAUACUGGUCAGUGAUGUCUAACUGAUAAGUGUAUUUCUUAUAUAUAUGUAAGUGGUGGAAUACCAAUUUAUUAAAUCACAAUUUCAGUAAAUACUGGAUAGAUCAAUAAUUACCCAAAUAAAAUCUAUUUUGGACAAAGAAUAUAUAUUAUGAGGAUAUGUUAUGCUUUUAAAUGUAUGGUUCACAGCACAGUAAAUCAUUCUUACUUUGGC